CUCGUACGCUAGUAUAUAACCACACACCAUUGGGAGUGUACGUGUUACUCUCUCCCUUGUAUAGUUUAGUGACUGUCGGUGCAAAGUGAUUGACAACCACCGAUAACCUCUGUAACAGUGAUUGCACGCAUUACCAACACCUGUACAGCAACUGCACUGUAGUACCAAGCUCUUGUGAGGUACAUCUGUGCACAUCUGGGUUGGUUGUGUUGUGUGGGCGGUAGUACGUGUGUGGUCUACACCUGGACACCUCAGCUGACCUCAGUUUGCUCUUCCUCCGCCAUCAUCUUCACCAUGAAGUCUAUCAACUGGGACAAGUCUGCUGUGCCCGUGAGGACAUCCACCGUAGCGGUGAGGUCACCGAGGGGUCAACCGGAGGUAAGACAAGAGCGGCAGGAGAUACGGGAGUACCUGGAGAAGCUGCGUCAGCUGGUGCCUGCGUGUCCCAAGGCAGGUAAAGUGUCGCGGCUGGCGGUGAUUCAGCACGUGAUCGACUACAUUGUGGAGCUUCAGGACACCCUCGUCCACCACCCCGUCAACACCAUCCUCGCUGCCAAUCACCUCACCGCCCUACACGACAACCCCCUCCUCCCUCUACAACACCUGGACGACAACACCAACAAAACAUCCUUUCCGGCAACCUCAACACCAACAGAAACAAGCAUUAGUAAGAACAACAGUAAUACUAAUAAGAACAGCAGAACCAGCACCAACAAGAAAACCAGCAGCUGCAGACGACCGCUGGGCGUGCUGUCAUCCCUUAAGAACCACAGAAAUCAAUGAGAAAUUCCCCAAAUAAACUAUUUAACAACCACACUCUCCGAAUCCCACGUACCAAAGAAUUAGUUAUAAAAAGUGGAGUGUUUGUUGAGUUAUGGUAGGUGUGAAAUAACAGAUGGUGUUGACCAAAUAUGUCGCCUUGGCCUGCCACCUUGACUACCAAAACGGUGGAGGGGGACGCGGCCCUCCCUGCACCACGCCGUGCGCCCCUGACCUGUCGGACGGCUCACUGCCCAUAUUGGUAACAAGACCUGCCUGCCCGCACCCACCCGGAAGCCCCUCCUGCUUCUCACCACAAUAUUCCCAACUAUGUAGUAUCUGAAACAAGUAUCACCGACCUAACUACCAUCCCGCAUCUAGGAUAAACAAGCUGAUGACUCACGCAUGCGGCAAGAAGGUUGUGUUUUGUCGCCGGCGGGGACGUCACAAGAUGCGGGUGGGAGGGGGCGCACCUGCUGGGACCCGCUCCUGUCGCCCCGGGCGCCAGCCACUCAUGUCACACCUGCACCGCUACCUUGCCUCCCACACCUGGCCCACACACGUGUUUCCUCCCUACACACCUGCACCUCUACCUCGUCUCCCGCACCUGGCCCACACAUGUGACUCCUCCCUACACAUCUGCACCGCUACCUCGCCUCCCACACCUGGCCCACACACGUGUAAUCCCUCUUUACACACCUGCAGUAGUACGUCGCCCGUCGUCACACAGGAACACGUGGUCUUCACACGUACCCGAGACUAAUACAUCUUUAGAUCCUACACCUGUAUCUCCACACCUGCAUUACAACCUCCAAAAACAGCUGUAGAAACCCAGUAUCACCAGCUGUAUGCGGGCUUUACCUUGGAAUGGUAAUAAUCAUCUGUCUACGAUAC